CCAAAUCCAUACUACACAAUAUAAUAUUUCCAAUAAGUUAUCUGUAUCUUCCACGGUUACAUAAAAGGACAAAUCCAAUGAGCUUUCUUCCAUUAUCGGUUCCAUUUCGAGUUAGCUAAUUGCUAAUCCUACGUCCACCGAUCCUUCGAAACUAGUAAUGGAGAAGAUGAACAAUGGCUGCAUCGCAUCCCCGAAAACUCUCAAGUCCCGAAUCCAAAAUGGCGAAGUCCUCUACGGCGUAUCUCUCCUCAGCUUCUCCCCUACAGUCGCAGAGAUCUUAGGCUACGUUGGCUACGACUUCGUCCUCAUCGAUAUGGAGCACGGCCCCGGCGGAAUUUCCGAUGCCCUCCCGUGCAUCCACGCACUUGCCGCCACCCAAACUGCAGCCAUCUUCCGCGUUCCCGAGAACUCGCCGGUCUGGGUCAGGAAGGCCAUCGACCUUGGCGCGCAGGGCAUCAUUUUCCCCAUGAUUGAAGACCCUGAAUCAGCCACAAAAGCGGUGUUGUAUUGCCGUUACCCACCGGCCGGAGUUCGAGCAGUGGCCGGACCCAUUGUGAGAGCGUCGAAAUACGGGCUCGAUCCGGAUUACCCGGACCGAACCAGUAAGGAGUUGCUGAUAGUAUGUCAGAUUGAAUCAGAGGCGGGAGUGAAGAACGUGAAAGAGAUAGCAAGCGUGGACGGCGUGGACAUGAUAAUGGUGGGGCCACUCGACCUGAGCGCAAGCAUAGGUUGCUUGACGAAUCCAAAAAAUGAGAAGGUAAAGAUGAUGAUCGAUGAAGUGGAGAAGACAGUUUUGGAGCUUGAACGCAAAGAUGGUGGUGGGCCUUACUUGGGCAGGUUCGGAACCGCUAGUGAUGGACCUCAACAGUAUCAGAAUGGUGGGUAUCGCUUGAUUCGUGUUAAUGUGGAUGUCAUCCUCUUCAAAAAUGCGUGCCUCGAGGACAUCAAGAGGUUCAAGUCAGCAAAAUAAAUGGAUAUUGAUAUGUGUCUUCCUGUUGGUUGUAACAAAAUUGUAAUUGUAUCUGUCGUGUGAAACAAUAGACAGGCU